AUGGCGAGUGAGGGAGAUGAACAAGAGGUUGUAGUGAUCGAAGGAAGAGAGCGUCUUGAUGGAGUUGCAGCCCGGAUUGACGAGUGCCAGGCGCCUUGGGGGCUAUCCCAUGUGGCGAAUCAGGAAAGAAGGAGAGUUCUCUUCCCAAAAUCCUUCAAGAAGCUUCUUGAGUGGUGUCCGGAAUCCAUGGCGAGUGAGGGAGAUGAACAAGAGGUUAUAGUGAUCGAAGGAAGAGAGCGCCUUGAUGGAGUUGCAGCCCGGAUUGACGAGUGCCAGGCGCCUUGGGGGCUAUCCCAUGAGGCGAAUCAGUUAACCUAUACUGACAGAGAUGACGCUGACUUUGGGUUGUUGCAUGCCGCUACGGGAGUGAAGGCACUGGGCGCCGAAAGGGGGGGCGCUAACGCACUGGUCACUAAGGAGGUUGCUGAUGGGUGCGUAGUUGGGCGUGCAGGUGUGGCAGUUCAGGGGCAGGCUGGGGCUGCCUUGGGCGAGCAAGAGAGCGCCUUGAGCGAGCAAGUAGUCGAGUUAAAUGGAGGAGACCAUCCAGGCGAGCUAGCUCAU